UGGGUGCUGCUCUGAAGUCAGUCACUCUGCUGUUGUUAUUACCCCAAUGACACAGGCCAACGGUGGGCUGAGUACUUAUCAUCAUAUCAGUGAACAAGUCAACGAGAGCAUUGCUUCAGCACUAAAAAGGCAACUAGACAGGCAACAACAAGGUGAACGAGACAGAGAGAAAGUACUCUGUGGACAGACACUGGAUAAUUCGAUAUGUGCACCUCUAACUGGGGAGAUGAACUGGAAUUUAACACAUUUGAAAGAAAAAAGAAGAAAGGAACCUGAGGUAAAGGAGACUGAGAAAAAAUAAUGUACAACAAGAAGAUAAAAAAAGAAAGCCGCAACACAGUGAGUAGGAAACUGUAUGGGGGAGGAGAGUGGAAAAAACCUUAGGGGGGGAGACUGUGAGUGAGGUAUGACUGUGUUCCCGUGUGUCAGGUGUAUGCGUUACUGCUGGUAACCAGGCAGGGACGGACUUAAUCUCAUGGGGAUGUGGGUAGAAGCAACGUAAUCAGCAAUGAACACAACUACCGAAAAAAAAGAAAAAAAACCCACCACACUCUGUUUCACUCCAGCAUGUCCUCAAGCUGAGAGAGCGCAGCUUCCUGUGUCUCUCUCUAUCUAAAACAACGCUGAAGUAAUCCUGUUAACCGGGUUUAGCUCAAACAUAAAACAGAAACUACUCCUCCUCUGAUGCUGUUCCUGUUGUUGCUGAUGAUGGUGCCAAUGGAAAUAACUUGUGUUCUCUGCCGGACUCUGUAUUGACUGUAAUAACGCAUUUGGAGUAGCUGCUUUGGUAACAUUGAGCAGAACAGGCGCUGAUGUCUAAUGUUUUACUUCUUCCCCAUAAGGACUACAGACUGAACUGCCUCAAAGGAGUUUUAUCUGUGGCAGUGCUGUCUGGAUAAGGUGAAGCGGGGCUAUUAUGUGCCAGCUUGAAGGGACAAAAUUCAGCUUCCUGUUGUGCCUGGGGAUGAGUAUUAUUAUAUGUUCAGUCAUUUACUUGAGGGCAUGGAAACCGACAGAGCCCGAGCCCAAGCCCCUAGAGUCUUCAAGUUGCAGGCCCUUUUCCACUGAAUGUAAAGCUUUUCUGCCUGGCACUGAGAAAGGAGUAGAAUGGUACCACCGUGACUGCCAGGUGGAAAGCUAUAUUCUGAAUAGUCAGCUGCAGUGUUCCACUUUGACCAGAUAUCUACACUUCAUCACAAGACCUCUGAGCCGUGAGGAGGAAGACUACCCUUUAGCAUUCAUUGUGACUGUUCACAAAGAGCUGGAGCUUUUUGUGCGCCUGUUGCGGGCCAUUUACAUGCCACAAAAUGUCUACUGUGUUCAUGUGGAUUCUAAGGCUCCGUGGGAGUACCAGGCAGCCGUACGGAAGCUAGUCAGCUGCUUUCAAAAUAUUUUCCUCUCCAGCCGCAGCGAGACAGUGACCUACGCUGGGUUUUCCCGCCUGCAAGCAGAUUUGAACUGCAUGAAGGAUCUAGCAAAUUCCAAGAUAGGCUGGAGGAAAGUGGUGAAUCUGUGUGGACAGGAUUUCCCUGUCAAAAGCAACCUGGAACUGGUGCAGUACAUGCAGAGCAAUGAGUGGAGGGACAGAAACAUGACGCCUGGGAUCAAGCAGCCGGUGUCUAUGAGGUACAGGACACAGCUCCAGCACAGGGAGAUCAUGGGUUCACAUGUAGCUUUGAAAGGGUUGGGGCUGAAGAAAGGUCCUCCUCCACACAAUCUGCAAGUGUAUUUUGGAACAGCCUACUAUGCUCUCACAAGGGCCUUUGUAGACUUUGUUUUGAAAAGCCCAAUAGCCCACGACCUCUUGGAAUGGUCCAAAGACACAUUCAGUCCAGACGAGCACUACUGGGUGACACUCAACCACAUCAAAGAGGCUCCAGGCAGCCACAUAGAUGGCGGCUGGGCAGGAGACAUCCGGGCAAUCAAAUGGAGGGAUCAAGAGGGAAGGGUACACAAUGGCUGCAAAGGGCAUUAUGUACGAGACAUCUGUAUCUAUGGAAUAGAAGACCUGCCUUGGAUCAUUAACAGGAACAGCAUGUUUGCCAAUAAGUUUGCGAGAAACACCUUUCCCGAAGCACUGGACUGUCUGGAGCAGUGGCACAGAAACAAGGUGCUGAGGCAGGCAACCGUUCCCAUAGACCCGUCAUGGCUGCUAGCUACACAGAGCAACUCAAGCAGCAAAAGCAGCUACUUUAACAGCAGUGCUGGAGCAUGAAAUCACUGUUGAUACCCUAAACAAAGAUCAGGCUACAUGCAGUUCAGAUUAUUUGCACUUGUUCAGUGGCUGUGUCAAACAUGGGAGAAGGAAAAAACUGUCCUGAGAACAAAGGGAUGAUGCACUGUAAACUUCAGAGUCUGUAUCACACUACUGUUCAUAGAUAUAUUUAUCUAUUUAUUUUUUUGAUGAUCAUGAGACAGUUUAUAUGCCAGAAGGUGAAAAUAUCUUUAGAGUAAAGCAAUGAAGUUAAAGCAAGUACAAUGGCUUCUAUUAAAAAAAAUAACACAAGUACAUAACAGAUACAUCUGAGACAACUAGAAUACACAAAGUAUUGAAUAAACUACUGAAUAUAGAUUUAAUAUUGUUUAAUUGAAUUUAAUAUUUAAUAUUAUUUAAUUUCAUAUUGUUCUGUAUGUU